AGCACCUCCAAGUAACCUGACCUCUUCCAGCAUCUCCCAGCCCUCUCUGGGCUCCUCCUUCCUGUAGCUUUUCCUACCACUCCCCUUCCCUUCCCUUCUCCCAACACCAUCUAUAGGCAGAUGCUCCAGGGUUUACAAAACUGGGUUCUGAAUGCUGAAUAGGAGUUUACCAGGCUAAGAGGAAUGAUCCCAGUGAGAUUCUUGUGUUGGGAGAGGUAGGGGUCAAGGGAGGCCACUAUUCUCUGCCUGCCUAAUGCCCCUCACCACCCACCCCCUCCCCUGUGAACAUCCCCAAGGUCGCCUAGCCAGGGCAGAGAUGGCCGGUGGCGCGCAGUUGCGGCUGGCCUGGUACUUGGACAUAAUGAGGAAGGAGGAACUGAUGGAGUUCCAGCUUCGGCUGCGUGAUAAGGAACUCAGCGGGCACUCUCCCGGUGCGGCCCUGGCUCAACCAGAGAAGGCCAGUGGCAAGGAGGUGGCCUCGUGCCUGGUGGCUCAGUACGGGGAGCAGCAGGCCUGGGACCUGGCCCUCCGCACCUGGGAGCAGAUGGGCCUGAGCAGGCUGUGCACCCAGGCCCGCACAGAGGCAGCCUUGAUGUCAGCCCAGUCUCCCUCAUUCACCCUCUCCCCACAUGCACCCAACCUGGAGUCCCCUACCCGGCCCACCUCUACCGCGGUGGUGAGGUUCCAAGGCCCUAAACCCUUGAAGCUCCUCCAGGACUCAGAGAAAAAGAAUUUGAGACACCUGAUUGACACACGUGGACACACCUGGAAAGCGCCCAGUCUCACGGGCUCUUCCUUUGUCGAUGACGUGGAGCAGUUCUGCUCUACUCACAACUCGCAUGCCUCGAGUUUCAAUGCCUGGCGAUACAAAGGACCCACCUCCUUAGAAGGCCACUUAAUUGCUUUCCUGUCAUUCCCCCCAGGAGACUCACCCUCACUCUCUUUCGGAGCUUUUCCAGUCUCCCCAGACUACGAGUCACCAAGCCACAAGUCACCCAAUGCCCCCACGUCCACAGCGGUGCUAGGGGGCUGGGAACGCCCAUUGCAGCCCAGCCCAGGGUGCAGACAGCGGGAGGCUCCUGGGACUGUGUGGCCUCCAGCUGAAACAUCUGGAAAAUACCACACAGGUGAGGCCCUGCCGAGCUUCUGGAGAGGGCUGGGUGAGGCAGAGACGUGGAUGGGGACCAGUACACCCACAAAGGUAGUACAGAGAGAAAAAUCCCAGAAGGAAAAAAGAGAGAUAAUCUGCCUCUUAAACUCAAGGGAAAUUGAAGAUUUGCACCAAAAAUUCAUGCAGCUGCUAAUUCUACACAGAUCUCACCCCAGAAGCCAUGAGUCUCUGGUCAGGCGAAUCUGGUAUCAUGGAGUGAUAGAGGAGCAAGGACAUUUGAUUGAGGUCAGAGACUUAUUUGGCCCACACCUGGGUACCCAGAGAAAGCCUCACACAGUCAUACUGCAUGGGGUGACUGGAAUUGGGAAGUCGACACUGGCCAGGCAUGUGAGGGGAGCCUGGAAGGACGGUCGGCUGUAUAGGGACCGCUUCCAGCACAUCUUCUACUUCGACUGCACAAAGCUGGACCAGUCCAAGGCAAUGAGUCUUGCUGAUCUCAUCAAAAAAGACCGGGCUUCCUCCAUGGUUCCCAUUACACAGAUCGUGUCUCAGCCGGAGCAGCUGCUCUUCAUCCUCGAUGGUUUAGAUGAGCCAAAAUGGGUCUUGGAGGAGCAGGGGUCUCAUUGUCAGCACUGGAGCCACCAGCAGCCAGUGUGCACACUACUGGGCAGUUUGCUGGCGAAAACCAUACUUCCCAAUGCCUCCUUGCUGAUCACAGCUCGGACCACAGCUCUGCAGAAGUUCAUUCCUUCUUGUGAGCAGCCACGUUGGGUGGAGGUCCUGGGCUUCUCCGAGUCUACCAGGAAGGAAUAUUUCUACGAAUAUUUCUACAAGUAUUUCACAGAUGAAAGCCAAGCAAUUCAAGCUUUUAACUUGGUUGAAUCAAACCGAGCACUCUGGACCAUGUGUCUUGUGCCCUUCGUGUCCUGGCUGGUCCGCACUUGCCUGAAGCGGCAGAUGAUGCAGGGGGAAAAUCUCUCACUGACGUCCCAGACCACCACGGCCCUCUAUCUGCAAUACCUUUCCCAGGCUCUGCCAGCUCAGCCCCUCGGCACUCACCUGAGGGGCUUCUGCUCUCUGGCUGCUGCGGGCAUCUGGCGAGGAAAGACCCUGUUCAGUCAGGAGGACCUCAGCCAGCACGGGUUAGAUGGGGCCAUCAUCUCCACUCUCUUAAAGAGCGGUGUUCUUCAAAAGCAGCACAAGCCUCGGAGGUACAGCUUCAGUCACCUCUGUUUCCAAGAGUUCUUUGCAGCAAUGUUCUGUGCACUGGAGGAUAAGGAGGAGAAAAGUGAUAAUCCUAACAGCACCAGCGGUAUGAAAAAGUUGCUAGAAGUGUAUGAGAGGCGUGACCUGUUUGGGGCACCAACAACACGUUUCCUAUUCGGCCUUUUGAGUGAGCAGGGGAUGAGAGAGAUGGAGAACAUCUUCGACUGCAAGCUGUCUCCAAAGAGGAAGUGGGACCUGUUGUCAUGGGUGGAGGCGGAGGUCCAGCGAGAGCAGGCCUCCCUGCAGCCAUAUUCUCUGCAGUUGCUCCACUGUUUGUAUGAGAUUCAGGACAAGGACUUCCUGACGGCGGCAAUGGCCCAUUUCCAAGGAACAAGGAUGUACGUGCAAACUGACAUGGAGGUCCUGGUGUUCACUUUCUGUGUUAGAUUCUGCCACCGUGUGAAGACGCUUCAAGUGAAUGACAGGGGACUGCACAGGGAAGCGUGGAGGCACCCCGGUGUAGUUCUGUUCAGCUGGAUCCCCAUUACAGACGCCGGCUGGCAGGUUCUCUUCUCCGUUCUCCAGGUCACCGGAAGCCUGAAGGAGCUGGACCUGAGUGGAAACUUCCUGAGCCCUUCUGCAGUGCAGAGUCUUCGUGAGGCCCUGGGAUGCCCUCACUGCCACCUGGAAACCCUGCGGUUGGCCAGCUGCGGCCUCACAGCUGACGAGUGCAAGGACCUCGCCUCUGGGCUGAGCGCCAGCCAGACCCUGACCGAGCUGGAGCUGAGCUUCAACGUGCUCAAGGACGCUGGAGCCGAGCACCUCUGCCAGGGGCUGAGACAGCCAGGCUGCAAGCUCCAGCGACUGCUGCUGGUCAGCUGUGACCUCACGUGCGGCUGCUGCCAGGAACUGGCCUCUGUGCUCAGUGCUGGCUCCAGCCUGACAGAGCUGGACCUGCAGCAGAACGAGCUGUGCGACCUCGGCGUGAAGCUGCUCUGUGAAGGGCUCAGGCAUCCUACCUGCCAACUCACGCUCCUGUGGCUGGACCAGACCCAGCUGAGUGAGGAGGUGACAGAGAUGCUGAGGGCCGUGGAGAAGGAGAAGCCUCAGCUGCUCAUCUCCAGCAGAUGGAAGCCAUGUGUGAUGACCCCUAAUGAGGGCCCGGAUGGAGGAGAGACGAAUGUUGACAUGUCCUCACUCAAGCGGCAGAGACCAGAAUCAGGUAAGAACCUGGCCCAUGUAAAAGAGACCAGGCAGAAGAACCUAGAGCUGACCACUGCCCUGCCUGUUCCAGCGGAAAGCUCCCCUCAAGUGUCACAGGUGAAACCCUUCUGUCUGUCUUCUCCUGCUCCUCCGGAGGACCUGCUCAUGGAGCCUCUGGGGACCGAAGAUGACUUCCAGGGCCCCACAGGGCCUGUGGCUACUGAGGUGGUUGACAAAGAGAGGAGCCUGUACCGAGUUCACUUCCCCACGGCCGGCCCCUACCACUGGCCCAACACAGGUCUGUGUUUUGUGGUGAGAGGGCCAGUGACCAUUGAGAUUGAAUUCUGUUCCUGGGACCAAUUCAUGGACAGGACUGUCCUACAGCACAGCUGGAUGGUGGCAGGGCCUCUGUUUGACAUCAAGGCUGAGCCAGGAGCCGUGGCAGCUGUGCACCUCCCUCACUUUGUGGCCCUUCAAGGGGGCCAUGUGGACACCUCCUUGUUCCAAGUGGCCCACUUUAAAGAGGAGGGGAUGAUCCUGGAGAAGCCAGCCAGGGUGGAGCCAUGUUACACGGUCCUGGAAAACCCCAGCUUCUCCCCCAUGGGAGUUCUACUGAGAGUGAUCCACGCUGCCCUGCGCUUCAUUCCUGUCACCUCCACCGUGUUGCUCUACUAUCAACUCCAACCUGAGGAAGUCACUUUCCAUCUCUACCUGAUCCCCAGCGACUACUCCAUCCGGAAGGCCAUAGAUGAUGAAGAAAAGAAGUUCCAGUUCAUGCGAAUCCACAAGCCGCCCCCGCUGGCCCCCCUCUACAUGGGCUCCCGCUACACUGUGUCUAGUUCAGAGAAGCUAGAAAUAAUCCCCAAGGAACUGGAGCUCUGCUAUCGGAGCCCCAGGGAAUCCCAGCUCUUCUCUGAGUUCUACGUUGGCCAUUUGGGGUCAGGGAUCAGGCUGCAAAUGAGAGACAAGAAAGAUGGGACUGUGGUAUGGGAGGCCUUGGUGAAACCAGGAGAUCUCAGACCUGCAGCUACUCUGGUCCCUCCAGCCCUGCUAGCUUCACCUUCACACCCAGAUGUCCCGGCCCCACUGCACUUCGUGGACCGGUAUCGGGAGCAGCUGGUGGCUCGAGUGACAUCGGUGGACCCUAUCCUGGACAAGCUGCAUGGACAGGUGCUGAGUGAGGAGCAGUAUGAGAGGGUGCGGGCCGAGGCCACCAACCCGGGUCAGAUGCGGAAGCUGUUCAGCUUCAGCAAGUCCUGGGACUGGGCCUGCAAGGACCAAUUCUACGAAGCCCUGAAGGAGAUCCACCCUCACCUAAUUGUGGAACUCUGGGAGAAGUGGGGCCAUGGAGGAGACCUGGGGAUUCCCAACAAGCUUGGCAGCUGAAGUGUGACCACUGCCGGUGAGUCCCGGCUCUGCCUCACCACUCUUCAAGUCUCACUUUCUCCAUCUCAAAACAAGGU